GUCAUUUCCUCAACUGAAGCCAGAUUCAGACUUGUCCAUCUCAUUCCAACUCAUGAUGCCCCUGACUUGAGGCUCAUCAACCUCCCGUCAACAUCCCAAAUCCGCACGGCAACAUGGCCGACCUCAAAGAGCCACCACCACCAACAACCACCACCCGCGCCCUCCGCGGCGCCUCCCUCCUCAUCCUCCUCCAAAUCCUCUCCCGCGCCCUGACCUUCAUCGCCAACCAAAUCCUGCUACGCUUCCUAACCGCUUCCCUUCUGGGCGUCUCCACCCAGUUAGAAGUAUACUACCUCUCCGUCAUCUUUUUCGCUCGGGAAUCCCUAAGGGUAGCCAUCCAGCGACAAGACACCGUUGCUUUAUCCGCUUCUCUAUCCUCCACCCCUUCCGACGAAACCGCAACAACUCCUUCCGGAACCGCCAAAGAUGGGAAAGAUGGAGCAGCUGGGAGGGAUGGGAGUGAUGGCAGCGCAAACGCAAAAGCAACGCAAGCAGUAAUCAACCUCUCCCACCUCUCCCUCGCUCUCUCCCUCCCUCUCUCGUUUCUCUUCGGCCACCUCUACCUCUCCUCGCUUUCCCCCCUCACCAUCGCCUCCACGCCCUUUCUUGUCCCCAGUCUGUACCUCUACGGCCUGGCCGCCAUCCUGGAGUUAUUGUCGGAGCCCUGCUUCGCGGUGAUGCAGAUCCGGUUUCAAUUUGGCACACGCGCGGCGGCGGAGAGCGUGGCUACCUUUUUGCGGUGCGCGGUCACGCUGGGGACGGCGGUCUGGGGGGCGAUGGUGGCCCAAAAAGAGAUGGGGACGUUGCCGUUUGCUGUUGGGCAGGUUACUUAUGCGGUGGGACUGUUGGGGGUUUAUUUGUGGAAGGGGUGGGGGUUGGGGAGGAGGGAGGGGUUUUCGUUGUUGCCGAGACUGUUGUCUGGAGGUGAGAAGAAGCAGCGGGAGCUGGAGAAGGAGAAGAGGACGGGGGAUGGGAAGGAAGAAGAGACGAUGAAGGGGAAGGGGAAGGGGGGAGGGGGAGGGAAAAAGGACGACUUCGUCCUAGGCUACUUCUACCGCCCCACCCUCGACCUAGCCUCCAGCAUGAUGGCGCAAAGCGUGGUCAAGCACAUCCUCACGCAGGGCGACACUUUUCUGGUUAGCAUCCUGUCUACGCCCACGGCGCAGGGGGUUUACGCGCUGGCGAAUAACUAUGGCGGGUUGUUAGCCAGACUGGUGUUUCAGCCGGUUGAGGAGAGUAGUAGGAGUUAUUUUAGUCGGUUGUUGGCUGACUCUACUACUACUCCUCCUUCCUCUACCACUCCUGCUACCUCUUCCACCUCUUCUCCCACCUCUCCCACCUCUUCCUCAUCCACCACUUCCCCAUCUACCACCUCCCCUUCCACCUCCUCCUCUCCCAAGCAUCCCUCCCCCUCCCAACAGGCCCUAUCCCAAGCCUCCACAGCCCUCACCACCCUCCUCCACUCCUACCUCCUCUUCUCCCUCCCCCUCCUAGUCUUCGGCCCACCCGCCUCCUCCCCCCUCCUAACCCUGAUAGCCGGCCGCCGCUGGACCUCAUCUACCUCAUCCCCCUCCAGCCCCUCCAGCCCCACCUCCCCUACAACUACCGACAGCGCCCCCGCCACUUUAGCCCUCUACAUGUAUUACAUCCCCCUCCUAGCGCUCAACGGGAUCCUAGAAGCUUUCGUCUCGUCCGUCGCUUCCGAGUCGCAGGUCCAUCGGCAAUCACUUUUCAUGACGGCUUUUUCGUUAGUGUUUGCUGGGACCGGGUAUCUGACGCUGAAAGUGUGGGGGAUGGGGGCUAGGGGACUUGUGUUGGCGAAUGCGGUGAAUAUGGUUUGUCGGAUUGGGUGGUGUUGGGGGUUUGUUAGUAAGUGGAUUAAGGAGCGGAGUUUGAGGGAUGGGACUGGGAAGGGGGAUGAGGGGAAGGAUGGGGCUGGGGGGAAGGAGGAUGGGGAGAAUGUGAGGUUUGGAGUGUUGGAGGUGUUGCCGAAGCCGGGAGCGGUGGCGGCUGCGGUUGUUGCUAGGAGCGUUGUUGGGAGGGUUGUGGGAGGAAGUCAGGAGGUGAUAGGUGCGAAGGAGGCGGUUUGGGAGUUGCUCAAGAUUGCGGGGGUGGCGGUGCCUUUUGUUGUUGCUGUGGCCAUCGCCGAAAGGGAAUUCUUGUUGAGCGGGUAUCGCGCCCUUCAGGGUAAGAGACAACAACAGAAGUCUUGAAAAAUGACUAAAUAGACAGGUAGACAGAGAUAGAAAAAAGACGCCC